GCUCAGAGCCGUGACAAACUUCAGGAGCCCCUCGCUCAUUGGGCUGGGCCGCCCCCCGGGGCCGCCCCCCCUGCCCCGCCGCGGGCUGCGGGCUCCGAGGGCCAGCGCUGCAUGGAAGGAAGUUUUACAGCUUUGACAUACUAUCUAAAGGUUGUAGGGCAGGCGGAAUCCCCCCCAAAACAGGCUGACCCUCCUCCAUCAGUGGCAGAUGGACAAUACUAGGAUGAACUCCUUCUUAGAGUAUGCAAUUUGUAACCGUGGGACGGGCGCCUACCACCACUUGGAGCAAAGCUCCCCAUCCUUCCCCCCUUGCUCAGGUAGCCCCGGCAGGGACACUUUCAGCGGGGACGGGCGCUUUGGCACAGGAGGGAGCGCGGCCGCGGCUCCCCAUCUACCCCAGCCCAGCCCCGGCUGCCGCCCUCCCUCCUCCGGGCGCUCCGGCCCCGCGGCGGGCGCUGCCCCCGCCGGGUUCCCGGCCCAGCAUUGCGGCCCCAGCUACGGGCACCACCAGCUCUUCCCCGGGCAGCAGGACGCCGAGGGUGUCUACUUCCAGGCGGCCGGGUACUGCUCCAACGCGGGACCCAGCCUCAGCUCCCUCGCAGAGAGCUACUGCGGGGUUGUGCCGGCCCCCGGGCCGUACCAGCCGCAACACCUUUACGGGCAGGAGCAGCCCGGUUACUUGCCCGCCGUUUACAGCAACCUCUCUCCUGCUUUAAACGAGGACAAAGACCCUGCGUGUCCCCCUGAGCCGUGCCCCAACGCCGGCGCCACGCAGACCUUCGACUGGAUGAGGGUGAAGAGGAACCCACCCAAGACAGCUAAAGCGGCGGAGUACGGACUCCUGGGCCAGCCCAACACCAUCCGCACCAACUUCAGCACCAAGCAGCUAACGGAGCUGGAGAAGGAGUUUCACUUCAACAAGUACCUCACCCGGGCGCGGAGGGUGGAGAUCGCCGCCACCCUGGAGCUCAACGAAACUCAGGUCAAGAUCUGGUUCCAGAACAGGCGGAUGAAGCAGAAGAAGAGGGAAAAGGAAGGUCUUGCCCCGGCCACUGCCCCCAGGUCUGCGAAGGAGGCGGGUGAAGCCUCGGACCAGUCCACCUGCACCUCCCCCGAGGCCUCCCCCGGCUCCGUGUCCUCCUGAGGGGCAGCUCUCCCCGCAGCUCCCGCAGGCUUCCACGCUCGGCGGGGCCCGGCCGCACACACGCGUCGGGCCGGCCCCCCUCUCCCACUCGAGUUUCUCUUCCUUAAUUUAUAGACCCCUGUAAAACCACCGGCCCCCGACGGAGCAGCCGGGUCCUCGUACACCCCAGCAAGAGGCGUUUGUCUCAGGGAUGUUCCUCCUCUCCCUUUCCCCUUCCCUAUAGGAACUGCACUUUCAACUGCACAAACUUUAAAACGAAUUUAGUUUUCUCCCGUUUUUAAAAACGAGCACAACGACUUUCGCCUGCAAGAGCCCUGCUUUUGAUACGGUUUUCCUACUUGUAAAAAGGUUUUGGGCAUUUAUUUCUUUCCUUUACAUUUCCUGUAUGUAUAUGUCGGAACGGGAUCUGAGGAGCCCAGGACGCCGCUGGCCUCUGCACAGACCCCCGCAUCUCUCAAACCCCGCAGUUCCCCUGCUGCCGUUUUGCACUAUUUCUGCUUUACAGGGUUUUUGUACACGCUUUGCGACUGGCACUGACUUGGGUUGUGCCAUCAGGGGAGCGGGACGAGGUGCAGGCUGGCCUCGGGGUGCUCUGGGCACCGGUCGCUGUCGCAGGAGGUGUCGGCGACAAGGCUGGGGGGGCCGCGGGGCUCGGCUCCCCUCACUGGCUGCUAUUUAUUGUACGUCUCGAUAGCCCCAAGCCUUGGAGCGAGGAGCGCGGCUCCAUGUGCCCCCAUCUCUUUAGGCUUAUCGGAGUCCGAUAAAAACGUUAUUGACCCAUGGUUGAAUUGUUUCCCUUACCCACGAGAAAUUUUAGGGUAGGACGAACUGAAAAACAAGGCGACUUUUGUUAAAGAUUGUUUUGAAGGGAAAAAAAAACCCAACCGUCAUCGAGAAAAACCAGCGGUUUCUUAAUCGGAAUCUCCCGUUUCCCUUCCACUCCCUUCCCCGCGCUCUGUAUC